UUGAACAAAAGAUAGAGAUAGAUAAAGUAACCUAUGAUCCAGAAGGUUCAUUAUUUCUUUCGGUGUAUGCUCCGGUUAAAUUAUGUCAACAUGCAUGUACAGCAACAAAAGGCGAGAAGCCAGUGUUCAAUGUCAGAUCGCCGCCGAAGGUCGUUGUCGGAUGCAGUGCGCGGUUUUCAUCUGGUUUCUUCGCUUGGAUGUUUAUCUGCAUCUGCAGCAUGAAUAUGCAGCCGUAAAUGUUUCUGUAUCUGCAUCUGCAUCUCCAUCGCAAACUCGUUCCCAUGUGUGUGUGGAGUUCUGGACGAGUGUAAUUGAUUCCAAUAGCAUGGAAAACUUGACAUUGAGACAAACAAUUCGCAUUGUGGUAGGACCACGACAACUCGACAUUAAGCACGCAUGCUGACAGCAGGCAAAGUGUAGAUACUACAAAUCAGAGAACAAGAAUGCAGAUUUACUAGCAGUUGUUUACUUCUUGGAAGCCUGCAACAAUGGUAAAUUCUACGGAAUUACCAACAGUGAGAAUCGUUGAUACCCUUUCAAGAAAUUGGAUAAUAAAAUAUUUAAAGAAAUAUAUAAAAAUGGCAUACCCAAAAAUUCCAACUAUAAUUGUAUAAUUUACUCACUCCUCACCUUCCGUGGAUGCAGUUUCUCUGGCAUAUUUUAGGCGCAUGCUCGACUCAAUCAAGUCACAAUAAAUUA